GGAGCUGUGUGUCGCAGCCGCCCCGACCCCCGCGGAUCAUGCGCCGUCGCCCCUGACUCAUCGAUCCCACCGGGCUGUGAGCCCCCCAUCCCCGCCCGCCACAGGGCGCGCGCCAUGGGCAGCACCCACCCUUGCCCCUGGCCUCGGCUCCAACCUCGGCCCCAGCCACGGCCUGCGCUCUGCGCGCUCCUGUUCUUUCUACUGCUGCUCGCUGCCGCUGUGCCCAGGUCUGCACCAAACGACAUUCUGGGCCUCCGCCUUCCCCCGGAGCCUGUGCUCAACGCCAACACAGUGUGCCUGACACUGCCGGGCCUGAGCAGGCGGCAGAUGGAGGUGUGUGUGCGCCACCCUGAUGUGGCUGCCUCAGCCAUCCAGGGCAUCCAGAUUGCCAUCCACGAGUGCCAGCACCAGUUCCGGGACCAGCGCUGGAACUGCUCUAGUCUCGAGACUCGAAACAAGAUCCCCUACGAGAGUCCCAUCUUCAGCAGAGGUUUCCGAGAGAGCGCCUUUGCCUAUGCCAUAGCAGCUGCGGGAGUAGUUCACGCCGUGUCCAAUGCCUGCGCCCUGGGAAAACUGAGGGCGUGCGGCUGCGACGCAUCCAGGCGCGGGGACGAGGAGGCGUUCCGUCGGAAGCUUCACCGCCUGCAGCUGGACGCGCUGCAGCGUGGUAAGGGCCUGAGCCACGGGGUUCCCGAGCACCCAGCCCUGCCCCCUAUCAGCCCUGGCCUGCAGGACUCCUGGGAGUGGGGCGGCUGCAGCCCUGACGUGGGCUUCGGGGAGCGCUUCUCUAAGGACUUUCUGGACUCCCGGGAGCCUCAUAGAGACAUCCACGCACGCAUGAGGCUCCACAACAACCGAGUGGGGAGGCAGGCGGUGAUGGAGAACAUGCGGCGAAAGUGCAAGUGCCACGGCACGUCAGGCAGCUGCCAGCUCAAGACGUGCUGGCAGGUGACGCCGGAGUUCCGCGCCGUGGGGGCGCUGCUGCGCAGCCGCUUUCACCGCGCCACGCUCAUCCGGCCGCACAACCGCAACGGUGGCCAGCUGGAGCCGGGCCCCGCCGGGGCACCCUCACCGGCCCCUGGCAUUCCCGGGCCGCGCCGCCGGGCGAACUCCGCCGACCUGGUCUACUUCGAGAAGUCGCCUGACUUCUGCGAGCACGAGCCGCGCCUGGACUCUGCGGGCACCGUGGGCCGCCUGUGCAACAAGAGCAGCUCGGGCCCCGACGGCUGUGGUAGCAUGUGCUGUGGUCGCGGCCAUAACAUCCUGCGCCAGACGCGCAGUGAGCGCUGCCACUGCCGCUUCCACUGGUGCUGUUUCGUGGUCUGCGAGGAGUGCCGCAUCACCGAAUGGGUCAGCGUCUGCAAGUGAGCGGAAGGCUUCCCUCGCUGAGACUGGCCCUCUGCCCCUCGCUUAUGACCUUGGCCUGACGGUGUUGCUUUGGCUCCUGGGAGAGGAUGUUGGACCACAUGAUGUCAUAGGAAACUCCCAGUUCUGAGGGUCGUCGAGUUCGCAAUCACCAGGCCCCACCACUCACUUCCGUGAGCUAGAGGACUGAUUUGCCUUCCUGUUUGUUUCCUACCCCAAGUUCAGACUGCUCAGUUGAGCUGGGGAUUGCCCCACACCCUCGGUCAAUUGUCAGCCAGGCAGCCCCAGGCCUGUCUCCUUUCAUU